UCCCCCAAAAACAGGAAGUAGGAACGAUAUCGCAUAGAGUGAAAGCUCUUGCAGUACUCCACUGUCUGGACAAGCUAUAUUGUAAGUCUGGCGGAGUCGGUAUUAACGUUAGUGUUUUUACGCAAAGAGAAAUUCAACCAAAUAGAAGAUUGAUGUCAUUUGGUGGAACGCAAAACGGCGGUCGCCGUAGUAAAUGGGACCAGCCGGGCCCAGGUCCUGGUUCAGACCAGAUGGGGGAGGCGGAGGCGGCUCCUACAGGGGCUCUGGACGCUGCAGCUGCUGUGGCAGCUAAGAUCAACGCCAUGCUGGUAGCCAAGGGCAAGCUCAAGCCCUCCCAGAUAGGACCCUCUGGACCAUCUGGACCCCCAGACAAGGUUGUGGGUGCAGGGAAGCCCCAGCCUCCUAUGAAAGCGAAGGAUGACCUGGUGCUGGCGGAGGUGGAGAUCAACGACGUUCCUCUCCCCUGCCGGAACCUGCUGACCCGCGGACAGACACAGGACGAGAUCAGCAAAGUGAGCGGUGCUGCUGUGUCCACCAGGGGGCGAUACAUGGCAGCAGUGGAGAAGUACAAGGCUCCACAAGGGGACCGACCCCUCUAUCUCCACGUCCAGGGCCAGACCAGGGAGCUUGUCGACAGAGCUGUGAACCGCAUCAAGGAGAUCAUCACUAACGGAGUGGUGAAGGCGGCCACCUCCUCCUACAGCGGAACCGGAGCCACAGUCCCAGUCUACCAGCAACACAAACCCCAGCCCCCCAUCAACCACCAUCACAGACCACACUUCCAGUCUGGGAUGCACUAUGUGCAGGAAAAGUUGUUUGUGGGUUUGGAGCAUGCCAUCCAGGGCUUCUCAGUGAAGGAGAGGGUGGAAGGGCCAGGCAGCUCCUACCUGCAGCACAUCCAGGGUGAGACUGGGGCCAAGGUCUUCCUCAGGGGGAAGGGAUCAGGCUGUCUGGAGCCCGCCUCUGGGCGAGAGGCCUUCGAACCGAUGUACAUCUACAUCAGUCAUCCCAAACCAGAGGGCCUUGCUGCAGCGAAGACCCUGUGUGACAACCUGCUGCAGACUGUUCAUGCAGAGUAUUCUGUCUUCCUCAACCAGAUGAGUGUCAUGAUGCCUACUCCCGGCUUUAUGCAGCCCCCCAUGGCCAACGGGAUGCCCCCCCAGCCUCCUUACUACCCCCCAUCGGGUUACCAGCCCAGCUACCCCCUCCCUGUACCUCCCCCUCAGCCCAUUCCUCCCCCUAUGCUGUCCCCCUCCCAUUCCCCUGGGCUGCCUGCCGGUCUCCCCCUCCCAACGGUCGCCCUCCCCCCUGCACCUGUCACUUUACCACAGACUCUCCCACCUUCUCCUUUCCCGCCCGCUGCUCCGGUUCCGCCCAAAGCUCCGCCUCCUGUAGUCUCAGCCAAUCCGCCGCAGAAAAGACGCUUCACUGAGGAGGUGCCAGACGAGAGGGACAGCGGUCUGCUGGGAUACCAGCAUGGACCCAUUCAUAUGACUAAUUUAGGUGCAGGCUUCCCUGUGGGCAGCCCCGGCCCAGAGGCUUCAGGACCCCCGCCACCGAGUUCCUCCGGGCCGCCGAGGGAGAGGGACAGCAGUAGGCAGCUGAUGCCUCCACCACCCAUUCCAAUGAACGGAGGCAUGACACCCAAGAUGGAGGAGAGGAGGCUGCUGCAAGGCCCCCUGGAUCCCUCAGUGAAGAGGAUGAAGACGGGGCUCGUGGCGUACGCUGGUGACUCCUCGGACGAAGAGGAGGACCACUCCACCCCCAAAACCUUGGGGGCAGGUAACCAUGGUAACGUCGCUGGGGCAACCCACUCCACCCCCACGUCAUCCCCGGGCUGGACUCUGGGGUACCGCUGCCCCCCUCCGCCUCCCCAACGUGCCAAAACACAGCAGGCACAGUCACAGCAGCCCAUGCCCUUCUGGAUGGCCCCAUAACACAGGAGUAUUAAACCUCAUACCCUCCCCUGACACCUAGAGCCUUUUGGAGGGUCCCAUAAUGAUGUUUUACACACCAAACUGAGCCCCAGUCCCCCCUCUUCCCCUUUUCUCUGAACCAUCACUCCUACCUACUCCUCUACUUGAUAGAAUUUAUUUUGUGAUGACUUAGAUUUCGUUAAAACAGUUUUGUCAUGCGCUCAGCAGUAAAGCAGUGUGUGUGUGAAAUGGACUAAACUGACCGGCUGGCUGAUACAAAGAGAACAGACUCAACCAGCCAACCAGGAGACUGAUGGACUGGAUUCAUGGUGACAAGCAGCAAGAUGCCCCAGACUUCCACACAGAUUCAAGUGUACUCUGAACUCUGUAUAGGAGAGACAGCUGAGGAACAGACACAAAUGGAGGGUAAUAGUGCCCUGUUUUUGGUUGAUUUGGAACGUGUCCACUCCUGGUUUUACUAGUGUAGAAAAGCACUGAGGUAGAAGAGAUUUCAAUGCAUUCUAAGUUAUUUCUUUGUUAAAAAAUAUAUUUCCCCCAUCCCCAUUUUCUUUCUUGGUCCAUAUCUUAAUCAAAUCUCCCUCUUCCUUCCUUGAGUACAGAUCAUACAAACAUGCUCGUUGGACUUUUUAUAAAAUGCAAUUGACUCAACUAUUCUAAUGUUUUUGUGGAAUAAAUUAGCAUUAUCUCUGUG